AUGUCAGAGAAAAGUCACCCCUUAGUGGGAUCAAUCACAGCGCUGGGACCCACCGACGUACGGGGAUCAUUAGGUCCCACCAAAUCUUCAUCAGGAGAAUCAACAGCUCCCACCAUAUCCCCAUCAAUACCACCAACAUCCACCACUACACAUCCAAACCAUUGGACCCACGGCUUUCAACCUCCCACCACGGCGUUCAAAUUCUACCCCAGCAAAAAACUAGCCAAUCGUCUUACCCUCAACACCAUCCAGGGCAAGUUCUUUAAGCCCAUGGCCGUGCUAGAACUGGUGGGCCACAAAUCCAUUCAUUCAGACAACCACCAUUCCAUCUAUGAGGACAAUGACGCUAGCGAUAGCUACACAGACCUUCUAUACCCCCAGACGAACCCCAUCCAGGCAUUCUCGUCCCAUUUCAGUCUCCCUAAAGUGUCACUAAACGUCCCGUCGUUGAAGAACGCUAACGAUGUCAUCGACCACUUCCAGAACGAUAUCAGUCGACUCAUCUACCACAACUUCUACGCCCACGACGAUAUCAUUCUUUGCUGGGGAGGAUUGUACAAUAACGAAUAUUCCUGUUUCAGUAAAAUAGGUCUACCAGCUAACGUAGACAUCGCCAAGGUCUCGGUGUACUUCCCGGUAGACCUCCCACCAUUCAUCGACCGAGAUAUCUUGAUGAGUCCUUACUUAUCACUGAACAAGCAUCUUUACCUAUUCAAUCCCGACAGAAGCACCAUCACGUUGUUGGACGCCUUUACGUCCAAUCUUCCUGAUCAUUUGUGUAGCUGCUCGUUUGCCAAAAUCUCCGACCGUCAUGUGUUCAUCUACGGAGGGUUCGAGGUAAAGAUAGUCAGAGUGUACCACGACGAUACCACCGACCGAUGGAUCGUAGAGAAGGAUUUGGUACUAAACGAGGAUGGUUAUAUCAUGGACACCAUCACCUUCAAGUUCGUUAAGGUACCGUUGGUGAAGAGUGAAAAUGAAGAUUUCAGUUUAGGUCGAUUGGGGAACGGUAUUACUGCCAACGUCUACAACGAGGUGUCGUACGACGAUACGGUAUCAAGUUUCGCGGGGUCUGCGCAAUUCAAUAAUUUCACCGAUUCCUCCUACUACAGUCCCUAUAUCCCUGCCAAACUGGACCGGGAUAGUACAACCAAACUGGACCGGGAGAGUGUCAAGGAUGGUACCAAAUCUCCUGCCACCAAGAAGAAGAAUAUCCUCUCGGAACCAGGAACUCCUACCAGUUCUAGUGGCAGUAUGACGCAGAAAUUGACCAAAACCAAAAGUGUUGGUUCCAAGGACUCCAAAAGGGAACGGUCUAACAGCAAUGGUGGUAAGAAACACCGAGAUAUCUCCCACCUUCAUUCGUCCUCACCCAUAGGCAAGUCCACGUCGCCAAAUUACCGACAAUCUUCACCAUUACCGGUGGAGUUCCAACAAGCAGUGGGGAUUCCAGCCCAUUUACAAUCAUCUUAUUCCAACCAGGUCAAACAACAUCGUUCUAACUCCGGGUCGUUGAACAGUAGGCCGGUGUCGCCCCAACCUCAGCAGCCUACAGCCGUCAGGCCCAAUUUCAGUAAAAUCAUUACUUUCGAUGGUAGUGAGUUGGACGACGAUAUCGAAGCUACCGAUGUGUUUGGCGAAACUCCCGUCAAACCCACCCAUUCCUUAACCUCCGUAUUCAUUUUUGGUGGGUUUAUCGAGACCAUGGACGGAGGUAUCAAGAAAUACGUCGCCACCAAUGAUUUCCUCCGUAUCGACCUAAUCUGUGAAGGGCCAUUUUUCAUGACAAACUUCCACAAAGUCGCCAGAAUCUUCAAGAUCGCUCCCUCCAUCGACACUCCGUCCCCCAGAGGAUACUUUGCUUCCACGCUCAUCGAUUUGAACGAAAACCACGACGAAGAAUGUGAUUGGACCAACCCUCGUCCGUUCUCCCCCAACGAUGAAGAGUCCAGUAACUCCUCCAUCCAAACCUCCAACUCCAGGCACCACAAUAAGAUCACUAAGAUCCUUACUCCGGAGGAAUUCUUCAGCCAAAAGGGUCUUCUCGUCCAAGGAGGCUGUGAUAACGAGAAAAGAGUCUUCUCCGAUAUGUUUGUGUUCCGUUUCGGUACACAAAAGUGGGAAUCCCUUGAUACCUUCACCUACGACUACUUCGACCAGCAACAACAGCCUAUGGAGGACAAAGAUCUCGUGUCGGAACGUCAAAAUCUCAGUCCGAAUUUGGUGGAGGCAGAAUUGAGGGCUUGCCACCACCAGGCCAUCUUCUAUAAUAACUUCGGUAAACAGUUGGUGAUCUUCGUGGGAGGGUUCCGUAGUGAUUUCUUGAAGUACGUGGACGAAGAACCCUAUGUUACCGAUAAGCUCGAUGUGUCAUGUCUCAAUAGAAUGAAACUUGCGGCCAAAAACUUCGAUACCUGUAGGGUUCUUGUGUUCAACGUAAAGACACAAACCUGGGGGUUCUCCCGGUUCUACUACGAUCUAAGGAAGAACAUCUCCCACCAGGCAUUCGAAGAUAUUAAGGAUAAUCCCAUGUUCAUCGAUGCCAACCUCGUCCACCAUGGUGCUGGGUUUGCCUUGAACGGUAGAAUCCUCACUAUUUGUCAGGGGUUGAUCACAGUGGUUCCUGAAGAUGAAGAGAACUUUAAGAAAUGUCAGGAUAUGUAUACGUCGAUGUUAUUUGGAUGUCAUCUUCAAAUAUCAUUCCCUAGUAUUUAA